GACUGACAGCGCUCUUUGUCUUCUUGACUUUGUUUACGUUGGUAGCUAGUUGGCUAACUUAGCUAGCUAGACAGCUUUCUUUCUUAUAAAAUGUCUAAAAUGGAUUUCUUGAGAGUGUUUCUCAACCAGAAAUUGAUAGCGGCAGCUGAGGAGAUAUUUGGUGUCGUUGAAGAAACGAUAGCAGAGUACCAGGAAGAGGUUUCUCACACAAAGCAGGAGAACAGGCGUCUACGGAGCAUGCUCGAUGUCCGCACUAAGCCGCAGAUCAAGUUACAUAGACGAGCAGACCUCCAGCAGCUCACUGUCACCGUGUCUGAUGAGGUGUUUUCCCCUGAGCAGCAGGAGUGGAGCCCCAGUCUGGGGCAGAAGGACCCAGAACCCACACAGAUUAAAGAUGAACAGGAGGAACCAAGGAUCAGUCAGGAGGAUGAGAAUCAUUUCAAUGAGUUUAUCAAUUCUUACGGCUGUGUAUCAAGUGGCUAUUAUCAGAACCCAACUCAGUCCUCACAUGGAGAGAGAUACUCUCUACCCAGCACCUCAACUGAACAGAUCAAAACAGAACCUUAUGUAGAAGACUAUGGUGUAUCAGAACCAACCAGAGAGUCUCAGCCCUUUUCUGCAGUAGGUACAGUGUUUUCUGCAGCUCAGAGUGAAAACAGAGGACAUAUUGACAGGAUGGAGAGUGGAGGACCUCUGUCAGGUCUACCGUUAAAGCUACUCAAAUCAAAGAGAACAAAGACAGUAAAAGGACAGCGUUCUCAUAGUGUUAAGGACAGGAAAUUGAACCAUCUAAAAUCACACUCGAGACCCAGUGUAAGCUGGGAUGCUGCUCCUAGUUGUAAGGUAUGUGGAAAGCAAUUUGACUCCAUGGCUUCUUUAUUAAAUCAUGUGCAAACGCACACACAGGAUAAAGAACAUAUUUGUGGUGUGUGUGGAAAAUUCUGUCAGUCCACAGAAAGUAUGAUAGAUCACCUACAAACUCACAUCGGAGCAAAGUGUUGUCAUAUUUGUGGUAAAUAUUUUGCUUGGGAUACUUUCCUGAAAAGGCAUUUGAGGAGUCAUACAGGGGAGAAGCCGUUUCACUGUCAAGAUUGUGGCAAAGGAUUUACUCAGCGCGGACACCUAAACUUACAUAUGAGGAGCCACACAGGGGAGAAACCACAUCAAUGCCAGGAUUGUGGCAAAUGUUUCAGCCAGAAUACAUCUCUGGUAGUGCAUAUAAGGACUCACACAGGGGAGAAGCCAUACAUGUGUCCUGUGUGUAGAAAAUGCUUUACCACAUCAAGUAUGUUGAAGAAGCAUCAGACAGCUCACAAACAUAUAGGUGUCAUGAAUGUGGCCAAUGCCACAAUGGAUUCAGACCAUACGGAGCCACAUGAAGAAGGUUUACAAGGAGGAGAACACAUGACUGUUCCCUGUGUGGGAACAGAGAAUCAGACAGCAGACAGAGACAUGUGAGAGGAGAAUCAGAGGACAUGAUGUGAUCCACUGUUCUCUGUCUGUAUAUAAACCUUGCAUUGGCCUUGAGAGUAAUGUCACAAUACAUCUGCCCUGAUGUUGCAAACAGCCUAGUUUUCAGAAUGUUUGUUCCCUUCUGUUUAAUGUAGCAAGAUCUUCCGUACACCAAAUGUCGUACUUACCUCUGAGCCUAAUGCCAAAAUGCACAAAGGAAGAAAAAAAGAAUAAUAAUUUAAUGUGUAUUUACAUGUAUAGAGAAUUGGUAUGAUACAGUUACGCUAUGUUCAAUGGUAACUAAAUAUACCACCUGAAAUGAGAGCUUCUUCUUUCAACCAACCCAGAUAUUGUACAUUCCCAGACAUACAUAAAGUACUACAGAAUAAAUGGCUGAUAAUGUG